GGGCACAGCGUUUGGAUUCUAUCCCUACACCUUUGCUGUAAACUAUUUCAAAAGUGUACAGAUUUUUUUUUAAUGCUGUCCUCAUCCUAGCUCAGGCAAAUUCCUCCAGCAACCUAAGACGUAAUAUAUCCUCAACUUGACAAGUCACACGAUUUUCAAAGAGCCACCGGUAUUCUUACUAAUUUAUCGAUGCAAUAUCUUCUAAAACCUUAGGUCAAUAGAAUUGCUAUUCAAAGUGUAAAGUCUGUAAAGCCGCAGCCUAUUAUUUAUGGCAGGCUUGGCGAUGCAAAUUUGAGAUCAAUUUGAACUAUAGUAGGAGUAUAAGGCUAGCCUGGGGUACAGCUAGGAGACCGAGUCCAAAAAGGAAAACGCACCCCAACCAGGAUGUGCUGAACCAGAAACUAGGCAUGCGCGGCCCAUACAUUCUUCAAGUGAUUAUAAACUUUCUUUCCUUUCAAAGAUGGGAGUUCCAUGCACCACAGGCUGGCCUGGAAUUCACUAAGGUCCUACCCCUCCACCUUUCAGAGGCAAAGGUUGAGCACCUCCUCCAGGCACGCCCAUUUCGGUCUCAGACAUGGCGGUCAGCUGGACAGGGCGGGCCACGGCCGGCUUUCCAGCCUCCCUUCCUAGGCCUGCCGCGUCGCGCGUCCUCAGCUCGGGGCUCCGGUUAGCGGGCCACGCGCGAUGGGGCCCCGCAGCCCUGCGGCCGCGUUGCUGGUGCUGCUGUGUGUCGGGUGCGCGCCGACCCCCGGGCGCGGGCAGUACGAGCGCUACAGCUUCCGCAGCUUCCCGCGGGACGAGCUGAUGCCGCUGGAGUCGGCCUACCGCCACGCGCUCGACCAGUACAGCGGCGAGCACUGGGCCGAGAGCGUGGGCUACCUGGAGGUGAGCCUGCGGCUGCACCGUCUGNUGCGCGACAGCGAGGCCUUCUGCCACCGCAACUGCAGUGUGGCCACGCCCACACCCGCACCCGCAGGCCCCGCCAGCCACACCGAACUGCGCCUCUUUGGCAGCGUGCUGCGCCGCGCGCAAUGCCUCAAGCGCUGCAAGCAGGGCCUGCCCGCCUUCCGCCANUCGCAGCCCAGCCGCUCGGUGCUGGCGGACUUUCAGCAGCGCGAGCCCUACAAGUUUCUGCAGUUCGCCUACUUCAAGUCACCAUCCCUGUCUUAGAGCGCUCCUUUGGGAAGGCUGAAGGGGGCCUUGGAUGCGUGAGUGAUUGAGACCCUUCCAACUGCCAGAUUGUGCCAGGAUUCUGUCAAAAUGAGGGGUCUCAGGCUGCCAUCCUCUCGGGGGGGGCUGGUGCAUCACACCUGUCUGCCUGUGUUGGUUACUUCUCUCCUUACUGUGACCCAGUGCCCAGAGCUAACUUAAGGAAGGAAGAAGGCUCACAGUUUGCAGGUACCGUCGGUCAUGGAGAGCAGGUCAAGGCAGCNGGAGCAUGGGGUGGCUGGUCACAGUGCACCCCAGCCCCACACUCNCAGUCAGGAAGCAGAGAGAGAUGGAUGCUGGUGCUCAGUUAGAUUUCUCUUUGUUAAGCAGUUUGGGAAGCCAGCGGGCAGAUAAUCCCGACUGAAACUUUAGAUAAUUCCUCUCACGUAUGCUGAGUGACUCCUGUCCUGGGUGGUUCUGCAUCUAGACUCCAUCAAGUCGGGAAUGGGGAUUUAUUAUCACACUGCUUUGUAAGGUCCCCCACCCCCAGCACGCCUGUCCUNUUUGAGAUUGUCUGUGUUCCUGCUAUUUCUAGUCAGGUGGCCAGCGCUAAANCCAGGGUCAUGGCCCCUGAAGCUCCUACAGCAGCAACAUGGGUGAACUGACUGUCACCAGCCUGCUUCCUGGAAACAGUGCCCGCUGAUAGAAGAUGCUCCACAACUAUCUGUGGGGGAGAUGAGUCAGA